AUGACGAAUGCAAAAUACAAGAGCGCCGAGCACCGAGUUCGAGCACACUUUGAUAAGUCGCGAUUGUCCGUGGUUGCGUUUUUUGGGCCUGGAAUGGACACAGUGGUCGGCCCCCUGCCAGAGAUGGUAACCGAAGAAAAUCCUCCUCUAUACAGAGAAUGCGUCACCAGGGACUAUAUCACCCAGUUCUAUUCCAAGCCGCUCGAUGGCAAGAGGUUUAAAAGUGGAAGUGUGCUUCAAUCGUGCUUUUCUGGUGAAACUUUUCUCCAUAAAAGCCACCCCAGCUCUCGCGAAGUUCCCGGCGGCGGCACUCCUUUCGAAGAAGCAAUAAAUCACGGGGUUCCAAUUGCUAGUAUGCAAAAUGUCCUCGAUUUAGCCAAAGAGAUUUUCAAUCAGACAUCAGAGGAGUACAAUUUCCUGGGGGAUAAACUCAGUGAUAAUGAUCCAUCUAAAGCAUACAGGGAAGUGAUGAAAGAGUACCACGACCAGGUUUCAGCCUUUGGACACUGCUUGCUUGAUAUUAUCUCCAAAGGCCUUGGCUUGGAGAAUAUUUACGAUUUUACCAAGUUAAUGGGCGAGAAGUUAAUUCAUGUGCGUCAUGAAUUACUGCCUUCCAUACCACAAACCCGAGCUCGUCAAGGGCACCUCGGCCCGUGCCAUGAGCAUCCUCCUCCAAGACGACGGGGGGAUUGGAAGUUUGCAAAGAUGGUCGCUGGUUUGCGGUAA